UGUAUAUAAAAUCUUGCAGCGCAGGCUGUGGUGUCAGUAGUAGCAGCAGAAGGAUAACAUGAGGACUGCGGUCCUGUGGGGCCUGCUGGCCCUGCUGUGUCAGCACACACUGGUUAGCAGCCACGUACUGGGAAGGCCCUCUUCUACCAGCGACCUGGCUCAGCUCAAGUCUUUACUGGAGCGCUUUGAGGAGACUCUGGCUGAAGCAGCCCGGGAGGAGGACUCUGAAGCUGAUUAUGAAGGGACAAACCAAGAGCCUGAGCACAGCCAGGCCAGCCGAGGGUGGAGCCCGGACCAGGAGGGGGACCAAGAACCUUUGAUAGCAGAAAGAUCUCAAUCGCCAGCUGAGGGCCACAGCAGGGCCGCGAGUCAGAGGAGCCGCCUGCAGGAGCUGCUGAUGAGCGCCAGGAAACGGGCCUCUGGCUGCUUUGGAGCCAGGAUGGACCGAAUAGGAAACGCCAGCGGUCUGGGAUGCAACAGUGGACGAGGGUAGUCUGACAGGUUCCUGGGACACAUGUUGGAUUAUAGCGUUAUCUCCAACUGAAGACACGGCCGCAGAGAGUGGAUUUGUAUGAUUUUGCAUUAGUUGAACUGUGUGUAUCUCUUGUGUGUAUUUCUCUGUUUGCAGUGACGAAUGCUCUGUGUGUCAGCUGUGUAGUGAGUUCUGCAUUAUUCACUGUGUAACAAACACGCAGAGCAAAAGGAGUUAACUACAGAACUGCAUGUGGGUUGUUAACAAGGACAAAUAAACUCUUUUUUUCAUA